GUCUGGAAAUUUUCAAAUUUUGCGAAAUGGCCCACCCCCUGAGCGAAAGACAUCGAUAUUUUAUACAGUUUAUGUUGACUAACGGUUUAGUAACCGUAGAUAAGGCUUUAAAGUUUUUUGGCGAGCUUAGCCCCGAUCAAAACCAGUUAGUUCAUUUAAAAUCGUUGAUCAUUGAGAUCAACAGAGCAAUAAACCUGCAGUAUUUUAAAAUAGCGACUUCGGUCUGUGAGGUAACAGGUGACAGUGUUUUCGUCUGGCUGAAUACAAAAAAUGACGAGUUGAGUAAACAACAGAUAGGAUUUUCACCGGUGGAAUUGGAAUAUUUCCACGCGAUAAUGCAAGAAAUUAUCACCUCAGACAACCACGAAUUGCCGUAUCCUCGCUGUAUCAAUAUAACCUCAACUUUGGUGGGAACUUUGACUCGCGAAAAUGGGGAAAAGGCGUUAAUGAAAUGGAUUAGAGGGGGAUAUUUCGUAAAAGUGGAGCAGUUUGUGUAUCUCGGCGCUAGGACUAUUUUAGAAUUCACAACGUACUUGAGGACUAAUACAGAAAACUGUACUUGCAGCCUGUGUUCAGAGCUGGUUUUUAGGGGCGAAAGUUGCCAGUCGUGUUUCAACACAUUCCAUACAUUUUGCAUCCAAAAAUAUCUCCAAAACCAGCAUAGGUGCCCCUCUUGUAGAACCGACUGGGAAGGAGCAAACACUAACACUAGUAUGGAUGUAGAUUCUGAAGAAGGUGCAGGAUAGGCUAGGAGAAAUGAUUAAGAGUCGUGAUAAGUUGUAUCAUAAGCGUAUUUUAUUAUAAAAAUGUGUUUUAACAUUCAAAUAAAAAAUUAUGAUGAA